GCGUGCAUAGACCCCCCAAAAAAACGGCGUGCGAACAGCUGAAAGAUUCGAUUCGAUUCGCUCCAUAAAUCCAUGCAAUCCAUGCGACUGCCCAUCCAGAUCCUCGCGAGGAGUCUCGGCAUCAGCAUGAAGACGCGCCAGCGGCUGGACUACCGCGACAAGCUCAUCCUGGCGCCGAUGGUGCGCGUGGGCACGCUGCCGAUGCGACUGCUCGCCUUGGAAAUGGGCGCGGAUAUCGUUUACACGGAGGAGUUGGUCGAUCUCAAGCUGAUCAAGAGCAUUCGCAGGCCAAAUGCCGCCCUGGGAACCGUGGACUUUGUGGAUCCCUCCGACGGCACCAUAGUUUUUCGCACCUGCGCCCAGGAGACCUCCCGUUUGGUCCUCCAGCUGGGCACCAGUGAUCCUAACCGCGCUUUGGCCGUGGGCCAGCUGCUGCAGCGCGACAUUGCCGGGCUGGACAUCAACAUGGGCUGCCCCAAGGAGUUCUCCAUCAAGGGCGGCAUGGGCGCCGCUCUGCUUUCGGAUCCCGCCAAGGCGGCCCUCAUCCUGCGCACCCUGUGCUCCGGCCUGGACAUUCCGGUCACCUGCAAGAUUCGCAUCCUGCCGGAUGUCGCGCAAACCAUUGAUUUGGUCCAGCAACUGGCCGCCACGGGCAUUGCAGCGAUCGGGAUUCAUGCGAGGACGCGCGACGAGCGACCGCAGCAUCCGGCGCAUCCCGAAGUUCUGCGCGCCGUUGCCCAGGCGGUGGACAUACCGAUCAUAGCGAAUGGCGGCUCCAAGUCCAUGCAUUGCCACGAGGAUUUGCGCAAAUUUCAGGCGGAUUGCGGAGCAGCCAGCGUGAUGGUGGCGCGGGCUGCCCAGAUAAAUGUGAGCAUCUUUCGCAAGGAGGGCCUGCUGCCCAUGGAUGAGUUGAUCGAGAGAUACCUCCGCCUGUGCGUCGACUACGACAAUGCGCCGCACAACGCCAAGUACUGUGUGCAGAGCAUUUUGCGUGAGCUGCAGGAGACGCCGCGCGGCAAGCGCUUUCUGCAGUGCCAGACGCUGCAGCAGAUGUGCGAGAUUUGGCAGCUGGGCGACUACUGCCGAAGGAGGCAGCGCGAACUCCGCACGCUGGGCAACUCGGGAAGGGCGGAAGUGGAGCCGCCAGAGGCGCAGGCCAAGCGGCAGAAGCUGGAGGAGAUUUCUUCAGGAGAUGAGUACUCUAACGUCAUUUGCCGCAACAUGCCCUUUCUGCGCUCCACCUACCCGAGCGACAAUCAUUUACCGAAAACGCAGCUCUAUGUUCAUGCCGCGCGGGAGGGCAAAUCCCCGCCAGCCUACGAGACGCAGCAGUGCGACAAGCUCUUCCGUUCGAUCUGCUCGUUCGACGGGCAGCGCUUCAGCAGCUCCUUCUGGGAGAAGAACAAGAAGCAGGCGGAGCAGGGCGCCGCGUUGGUGGCCCUCCUCCAUCUCGGACAGCUGGAGGCGCAGGUUCUGCGCGACAAUGGCAGCCUGCUCAACUGAUGGAUUGUUUAUUAAUGCUAAUGAUACCUACUCCCCUUGAUUGUUUGCCUUUAAUGUGGGUGCUAAAUGUAUAUUUUCUAAAUAAAAGAAGCACAUAAGGGUUACGAAGGUUGUGUAGUCUAAAAGUAGUCUUUUUUUUAGAAAUUUUCAAUUAAAUAGCCAAUUUU